GACGUGCUAUUUGCAAUUAGGCCUGUCAUGUUGCUGGUCCAUCUUUUAUCAGAUGGAAAGACAAAAAAAAACGAAAAAGCGUUUUAACACCUCGCGAUCUAAAACCCUAGCUUUCUCCAGACAGCCCUUCGGAACAUCAGGACCGUUGGUUGCAAUCUGCGAGCCAAUCGAGACCGCUCUUCUCUACUUCCGCUGCUACAUAUAAACCUGCACGAGCUCUCUCUCGUCUCCGGCGGCGGAAGCAGAAGUGGAAGGAAGCAGGCGGCCACCAUGGUGAAGGGACGCACGGGACAGCGCGUCAGGCUCUACGUCCGGGGCACCAUCCUCGGAUACAAGAGGUCCAAGUCGAACCAGUACGAGACCACGUCGCUCAUUCAGAUCGAGGGGGUGAACACCAAGGAGGACGUCGCGUGGUACGCUGGCAAGCGCAUGGCGUACAUCUACAAGGCUAAGACCAAGAGCAGCGAGACCCGCUACAGGUGCAUCUGGGGCAAGGUCACCCGCCCGCACGGCAACUCGGGCGUCGUCCGCGCCAAGUUCAAGUCCAACCUCCCGCCUGAGUCCAUGGGGCGCAAGGUCAGAGUGUUCAUGUACCCGAGCAGCAUCUAAGGUUUUUGUUGGAGUAAAGGUGGACUCUAAAUGGCCAUGCUUAGUUCUUCUCUCUGAGCUUAAAAUGCCAUGUGUUGGCAACUUAGAUUGUUCAUGUACUGAACCUGUUGAAGUUCUACCAAAAUUUGUUGUCGAACGGCUGAACAGUUGUCCUAAUGUUAUGCUAUAAACAGAGCUUAUUUCCCCCCGUGCCAUCGCUGUAUGAUUGCAGUAUUUUUUCUCUCGCCAAAUUUUAUAGACAUAUUUUACA